CCUCUGGUUACGCCCCUGACGAGACAGCUGAUACAAGGCCUGGACGGCUAGGGGCGAGGGGCAGGAAACGCUGAGUUUGUGGUUUGCACAGCGAGUGGGCGCCGCUACCUCCUUUCCCUCCACCAGCGAUGUCGUGCGGCGGACUCUCCGAGCCAAAGGCAGCGACUGCGGAGACGCAGCAAAUCACGCAGGAGAUAAAGUCACAACUGGAAGAAAAAGAAAGCAGAAAGUUUGACAUCUUCGAUGCCGUUUCAUAUAAAACACAAGUAGUUGCCGGAAUAAACUACUUCAUCAAGAUCCAUGUGGGGAAUGAAGAGUACUUUCAUGUCCGAGUGUACCAAAGGCUCCCCCAUGAAAACAAGCCAGUGGAGCUCACUAAUUACCAGAGCAAGAAAGAAAAGCAUGAGGAUUUGACUUAUUUCUAAAGAGCUACUUAGAAGAUCUUUUGUUACAUUCCUAUGGAGUAUAUACAUCUAUCUAUACACAUAGUGCUUAUUUUGCAAAAGUAAAAAAAAUAUCAUUUUUUAUAAACAUGUUACUGUUAAAUCUGUACUACACAUCUUAAUUCUAUUAAAAACAAAUGAUAUGACA